UGUGCACGUGCAAGUGCGCGCGUGUAGUUAUUUUUUUUUUACCCAAAUGGAGCUCCCAAAUAAUGUUACUCCAUAUAAAACUUCAAAGUGUGUUUUCUUUUGACGGAUAUGAUACACGUGGCAAACCGUGUCUUUGUCUGUGAAUUCAGUGUAUCAAACACAUGUCACUUUUUUUUCCAGACAUAUCUCAUCACCAGCUACUCACACAGUGGGCAAGACUUUAGGGAGUCCAUGUUUGCCAAGUUAUGAUUGUAUUUCAAUUGCUCAGAUGCCAGGCAGAGUGUAGUGGUCUGUGAAGUGGAAGUGGAUUAAGAGGCAUGACAAGCAUGUGGUGCGUUGGCGUGUCAGUCUAGUGCAGUGGUUCUCAAAUGGGGGUACGCAUACCCCUGGGGGUACUUGAAGGUAUACCAAGGGGUACGUGAGAUUUUUUAAAAGUAUUCCAAAAAUAGCAACAAUUCAAAAAUCCUUUAUAAAUAUAUUUAUUGAAUAAUACUUCAACAAUAUAUAAAUGCAAGUUCCUAAACCGUGAAAAGAAAUUCAACAAUGCAAUAUUCAGUGUUGACAGCUAGAUUUUUUGUGGACAUGUUCCAUAAAUAUUGAUGUUAAAGAUUUAUUUUUUUGUUUAGAAAAAUGUUAAGAAUGAAGUUCAUGAAUCCAGAGGGAUCUCUAUUACAAUCCCCAAAGAGGCCACUUUAAGUAGAUGAUUACUUCUAUGUGUAGAAAUCUUUAUUUAUAAUUGAAUCACUUGUUUAUUUUUCAACAAGUUUUUAGUUAUUUUUAUAUCUUUUUUUCCAAAUAGUUCAAGAAAGACCAUUACAAAUGAGCAAUAUUUUGCACUUUUAUAUGAUUUAAUAAAUCAGAAACUGAUGACAUAGUGUUGUAUUUUACUUCUUUAUCUCUUUUUUUCAACCAAAAAUGCUUUGCUCUGAUUAGGGGGUCCUUGAAUUAAAAAAAUGUUCACAGGGGGUACACCACUGAAAAAAGGUUGAGAACCACUGGUCUAGUGGACGCCCCACUUCCUCCAAUGCCUGCACAUUUCUGUUUCUAGUCAAAAUCAUGGUGCAGUCGUUCCUUGUCUGUCAGUCAAUCCCAGUUUCUAUCUACAUUGUAGCACAUCAGCACACAAAGUCCCUGUCCCUAACACAUGUAACUAUAUCUGCUACAAGUCUAUUCUCUGGGCUUGGUUCCCAGUUGUGGACCCUCCAUAUUGGACCAUGGAGAUUGUGACGUUUGAUGCCAGCUCUCCCUAUAAGCACAUGUUCCUCCACGUCACAAUUAAGUUUCCAGUUUGAAAUGCAUGUGAUGGUUUUCCAAAGGGAACCAUGUGCGUAAAUAGUAGUGUGUGUAUAUAUUCUCCAUGAUGGCCGUUAACUUUAUUCAAGUGCAGGCUAGAACUGACGGUGCACAGGUGUUGUGUUCUUCCUGAUCAAGAUGGAGGCCAUUAAUAGUCACGCAACUUUACUGUUGGCAUGCCUGAACCACCAACGGCAACAAGCUCGCUGGUGUGACUGUGUGCUCAGACAGAGACAGGAUCCAGGACAACUCUACCCAGCACACAAGUGUGUAUUGGCUGCCUCCAGUCCAGUCUUGGCUGCUAUGCUGUCCUUUACUGGUUCAUUGGUGGAACUGCAGGCUCCUUGUAUGGCUGACAGUGUCCUUGCGCUGGUCCUAGACUACAUUUACACAGGAGCUCUGCCUUGCACUCUGAGUUGGAGACAGUCCGAAGGUCUUCUUGCUGCUGCUCACUUUUUAAAGAUGGAGGACCUGCAGGAGUUUCUAAUGAACAGUCCACAAGUGGAUGGUGGGAAGAGAACCCUUGACGACCCUUUUGGGACUCCUGGAAUUCAUGAAGACGGUUUAAUGUACACUUCUUUUAGAAUGGAUGAAGGACCUCAGAUACUUAACUCCAGGUCCAGAAAAGAAGAAGAGCUUGUGAAGAUGAGGAGAGAGACUGUGACCAACAGUACUUCCUCAUUCUCGGUCAUCCGUCACAUCAGCAGAGGUGCUUCAUCCCCUGGAAGAAGAUCAGAGCUACACCCUGCAUGUGAAGCUGAGGGACAUGAUCAUCAUCACUGCCUGACCCCACACGGGGACGUGCCUAUCCCACCUGACUUGGACCUUCAUGUCUCCUCCUGUCAGUCAGAGCAGUCCAGUGAUGAUGAGGACGUCGGCAGCAAAGUGAAGAUGCUGUGUGUUGGUGAUGAAGAGGAAGAUGCACUAAUUCGCAAUGGAAAGUGUCCUGUGUUGGACAUCCGUGCUCCCAGUGUGUCAGGUGACCACGUCCAAGCAUCUUCUACACUCAGUGCAGGUGGUCCUCCAUUCCACUGCUCCUUGUGCACUCGCUCCUUCAGCCAGCGAGGUUCCUUGAACAGACACGUGCGCGCUCACCUCGGAGUGCGACCUUUCCCCUGCCCACGCUGCUCUAUGACCUUUUCGUGCCAGUACCGCGUCACGGAGCACAUGCACGUGCACAAGCGCUGUAGAAACGUGGGGAAUGACUCGAGAACCCCGCCUGUGUCUUCGAUUUGAGGUUGUAUCAAAGUAUUUGGCCCUGUAGAAGCACUUACUUACUUCUGGUCACAGUUAAUACAUUUUUUUCAAGCCAAAAAUACUGUAUCUUUCUGCUUCUCAAGAACGAUACUGAUAACUGAUCAACUUAUUAAUAUUUUUUAAAUUUAAUUUGUGCACAUACCUUUCUUUGCAACUGUUUUUUGGUCGGCUUGGUUACUAAAGUUUGAUGUGUUGGCGCUUGAUGUUUUUUUCCCUUGAUGUUUGUAGAACAUUCUGUGGAAAUAGCUGGCAAAAUGUAUUCCUCUUGAAGGGAAACUGCACAUUUUUAGGAAUUUUUUUCAUUCACAAUCAUGAAAGACAUGACGACAGAUUUUUUUUUUUUAUUGCAUUCUAACUUAUUAAGUAGGUUAUACAUGUAAAGCGCUUUUCUACCUUUUUUUAAGGAACUCAAAGCGCUUUGACACUAUUUCCACAUUCCCCCAUUCACACACACAUUCACACACCGACAGCAGGAGCUGCCAUGCAAGGCGCUAACCACGGCCCAUCAGGAGCAAGGAUGAAGUGUCUUGCUCAAGGACACAACGAACGUGACUAGGAUGGUAGAAGGUGGGGAUUGAACCAGGAACCCUCAGGUUGCUGGCACAGCCACUCUCCCAACUACACCACGCUGUCCUCAACUUUUGAAUAAAAGUCAGCUUACAGCAGAGCCAACGGGAGGUCCUCUAUUUUGCUCAUAAAAUCCAAUAAAAAAAAAAAACAAUGCAAAAAAGCGCCAACAAUAUUCCAUUUAAUCAGAAUUGUUUUUAUUGUCAAGUAUAUUCGCACAUACAAAGAAUGUGUCUAGGUGUGUUGGUGCAAAAAUAGCUCAAAUAAGAAUCAAGGCUAAGAUAGCAAGUAAAGUAAAUUAUAUUUAUAUAGCGCUUUUCUCUAUAGUCUCAAAGCACUUUACAUGGUGAAACCCACUAUUUACAUAUUUAAGCUACAUUUAAACCAGUUUGGGUGGCACUGGGUAAAGUGUUUGGCCCAAGGACACAAGGGCAGUGACUAGGA